GUUUGCGUUUUAUGCAUGUCAAGAAUCAAGUAAAAAGCUUGGACACUUCAAACUACCGCAACAGUCGUUCGCCUUCUGUCGCUCUUAAUGCGCUUCUGCUAGCCCAACAAUGACAAGCUCCACACCAUUCACGCUUUUCAAUAGGGGAUGGCGACGACAGGACACUGCAGACGAGGAGCAAGCAAUGCACCUGCCGCUUCCUGCGUACAGUUCCUCGGACGUAGGCACCAGGCGCAAUGGAGACCACUCUCACAGUGGGCGCCACAUGUUCCGGCUCGUUGACAAAAGCCGCGCCUCCAAGGGAAUCGUGCGCUUUGGACUGCCCUCGGGCGGCUGGUACAACUACUGGACCGACAUCUUCCACACGCUACUCAAUAUGCCGCGGUACCGCUUCCUGGUGGUGUUCUUCGCCAUCUACCUCACAGAGUACCUGUUCUUCGCGCUGUUGUACCUGACGCAGCCCAACCAGUGCGUGGGCGGCAUCAUGAGGUUCUCACACGCCAUGUGGUUCUCAGUCUACACCGCAGCCACGCUGGGUUACACGGGCAGUCUGUCGCCCAACCCCGACUGCGCCUCAGUCAACGUGCUGGUCAUUUUCCAGGUCAUCACAGCGGCGCUGAUCGACUAUUGUAUGAUGGGCCUGGUGUUCGCGCGCUUCGCCUCGCCCAACAAGCGCUCCGAGACCAUCCGCUUCAGCAGCAGCGCUGUGCUGUUCCAGCGGCCCGAGGACGGGCUGUGGUGCCUGUCGCUCCGACUGGCCAACAUCCGCAAGACCAGCCUCAUCAACCCGCAGGUGGCGCUCAUGCUGGCCGUGCCGCUUGAGGGGCACACGGCCUCCACCGGCGGCGUCGCAGGCGCGGGCGGCGCUGCCGGCGCUGCGGAGCGGGGUGUGGCGCACUUCCGGUUCCAGGAGCUGGGCAUUGAGGACGUGGCCAGCCAGGUGGCCAACCUGCGCCUGGGGCUGCAUGCGCACAUCAACCACAUCAUCAGGCCCGGCAGCCCUCUGUUCGACCGGUCGCUGGACGUGCUGGAGGGCUUGGGGGCCGAGGUCAUCUGCUUCAUGGAGGGCGUGGACCCCAUGACCAGCAACAACAUACAGGCCCGGCACAGCUACGCGGCGGCUGACAUUCGCAUGAACGAGCGCUUCGUGCCCAUCGAGCUGCGGCUGCGGCGCGGCCAGCUGGGGCUGGACUUCAGCGGCUUUGACGCCACCACUGCCAAGGCGCUGGCGGCGGGCGGGGCGGACCAGCUCCAAGACGGCGGCUUCGCCACCUUCCUCGUCCCCGUGCCGGGGCCCUCGCCCGGGCCCGCGCCCGGCAGCAGCAACGGCGGCGCCAACGGCGCCGCCGUCCCCAUCUCUUCCUCCGCAGCCGCAGCCGACAUGGAGGCGGGGGCCGGCUGGGGCGGGGGCGUGCCGCUCGGCACCCUCCAUGGCGGCGGCGGCGGCGGCGCGGCUGGCGGCGGCGCCGGCCCCCGUGAGAUGGACACGGUGAUGGCGGCGGCGCUGUCAGGCGACAUGCGCACGCACAUGCAGACGCUGCGCUCGCAGAGCAUCCGCUCCCUCACAACGCCGCUGUCGGCGCUGCCAGCACUGAUCCCCAGCGUGGGCACCGCCGGCGCCGGCGUUGGCGGCGGCAUUGGGGGCGGCGUUGGCGGCGGCAUUGGGGGCGGCGGCGGCAUGACGUCAGCGUCUGCGUUCGCGCGUGGCGUGGCGCACCCGCUCGCGUCUUCCGGCGGCUCGGGCUUUGGCCCGGGCGGCGGUCGGUCAGCCUCGGCAUCCGUGGCGGGCGCGGGGGCGCCGCACGCGGGGCCGGCGCCGAGCCACGGGCUGUUGUCGCCGGAUGAGCUGCGUGACCUGUUUGACGCGGUGUUGACGGACGUGGGCUGCUCGCCGGCGGUGAAGCGCCAGGCGGCGGCGCUCAAGGAGGCGGUGUGCGCGCUGCAGCUGCUGCCGCGCGGGCCGGCGGAGCUGGCGGGCCGGCAGCUGUGAGCGCGGGCGUGAGCGUGGGCGUGGGCGUGAGCGUGAGCGCGGGUGCGGUGGGCGUGAGCGCGGGUGCGGGCGUGAGCGUGGGCGUGAGCGUUGGUGGGGGCGGGGGCGUGAGCGGGGGCAUGAGCGUGGGACACGUGGAGAGGGGUGGAAGAGGUGGCCGCGUGGGAGUGCUGUGAACGGCAUAUGGGGCCUGGAGGGACAGCUGAGAGGGGGAGUGGGUCAGAUGCACUUCGCAUCGUUGGUUGCAGUCAUGGUGAACAUACGCAGAUGGUACAUAUCAUAGCUUGGGUGAGAUGAAGGGAACGAGGACUGAUUGAACUGUUCAGAGCCCGGCUCACAGCGAGCUUGAAGACACUUGGUUUUCGUUUGAGUUUCGCACAUUUCAUCUAGCGGACGGUGCAGUCCUGUGCCAAAGCCACAUGCUCUCCGCUCAAACGGAUAUUCGUCCGGCCCGCGGCGCAGCGAUUCGGGCGGGGGGGGGACGAAACCUCCGUAAGCAACUGUCAGCAGUCUGUGGCAUUCUCAGGCUAGUGGGCGGUGGCGGCGGCGGCGUGGGACCUGGCGGCAGCGGUGGCGGCGGCGCAGGACCUGGCAGCGGCGCAGGGCCUGGACCCAGCAGUGGCGGCAUGCAUGUGCGUGGCAGAGGGGGCAGGCAAGGCCACGUUGCGGGGGAGAGCGCGGCGCCGCCCGAGAAGCGGCGCCGGCGUGCAAUUUGAGACCUACCGGUGCCUGGUUUGUGGUCUUUGAUGGCGGGCACAGCGUGGCAGGGUGUGGGAUUGAUUGCUGUUUGGUUGAUUGCCGACUGUGCUUGUGCUUUACCGCGGGACAAGUCUGGACACAUGGCGGGCGGCGCCUGUACAAACUGGCCCCGGCUAUGUCCGGGAGAUGAGGUAGUUUCGAAGCCUUCGGCCUCAUACACGUUGCACCAACUUGGCGUGGGCGACUGGGCGCAGCCCACUUUCCACGUUGAGCGGGAGAGCCCCCUUUUGGCCCUUUGUUGUCUGGCUGAGGCUGCUUGGAGCGCGCCUCGCGCAAUGCAUCUCGUACGUAUCCGAUGAACGAAUGUGAACAUGAUUGAACAUUGGCUGUGCUGGUCAUACGCCGGCGCCACCGGGGGCGCGGGCGGUAAUCGGUGGCCUAAAGGACUGCUGUCCAGUCAGGCUGUUAGGAGCUGUAGGCAAGGAAGCUGCAGCCGGGGUGUUGCUGCUAUUGCGGCUGGAGCAGGCUGGAGGAGCGGGGACCGCUGCAGAGGCUUAAUUGCUUGAUCACGUUGAGUCUAUUUGGAAUUGGAGUGC